UAAUAAAAACAAUGAUUUAUGAUCGGGGAAUCCAGGUCUGCUACUUUGCAGUCACGUGAUUUCUUCGAACCCUUCGGAGGAAAUGAAAGUAAUAAGAAAAACAAAAUCUCCGUGAAGUCAAUGAAUGCGACACAAACAGACUGUCUGCACCGAGGCUGCUUCGAGCUGGGUAGAGUCGACGGAGGUGAAACAAAAUGAGCACCCAGGGUCAGGAGGAGAAAAGAUACGACCCCAGAGACACGACUCUGAAGUUUGUCGACAGGCCGGAUGAUCUGGAUCCUCUACCCCCAGAGGAUGGAGACCUGUGUCUCCGCGCAGAGAUGUCCUGCGGACACGCGGUCACUCCAGAGUCUCUGACCGCUUGGUGUCGCAGCCUGCUGGAUCAGGGCCAGUACAAAUUCAAGUGCCCUGCUCUGAAGGAAGGAACCUACUUUAAGUGUGAGGCUCUGUGGUCGUACCAAGAAGUACGCCGGCUGGCUGUGCUGACAUCUGAAGAGAUGCAGUACUACGAGGAGAACAUCGCCCGGAUGGCUGCUGUAGAGUACUGUGAAUUCAAAACUUGUCCGGGGUGUAAGACCUACGUGGAGAGAGAUGACCUCUCCAACCUUAGCGUGCAGUGCCCAAUCUGCACGGCUGACAAGAAGAAAGCUUACCAGUUCUGCUGGCAGUGUCUGAAGGUGUGGAAGGGUCCGGCUCCACGUUCUGACCGCUGCGACAACGACGGCUGCGUCAAUCACGACCUUGAGCUUCUGAAGACCUGCAAGACCACCGUGCUCUCUGAGGUACAGGGGGUUGACGCGUGCCCCUCCAUCCGGGCCUGUCCCACCUGUGGCAAUAGGGUGGAGCACAACAAAAGUGGCUGCAAGAACAUCAUCUGUCCUCGCUGCCAGGUUGAGUUCUGUUUUGUGUGUCUGAAGCUCACACCUAAGUGUCUGAAGACGAGCACUCACUUCGAACCCUGCAGCGAUGGUGUGGCUCCCAGACAAACCUCCAUUCCUGUGUGGAACAGAAACUAACUGUGAAUCAGUACAAGCAGUAAUCACUCCUGAUGAAGUUUAUAGCCUUCUUCUGUCACACCAUGAAGUUCUUUACCUCUUGUUUUUUUUUUUUUUUGUAACCACUGCCAAAAGAAUAUACCAGCAGACUUAUCACUGUUCUUACAUAAUGUUGUUUAAUGUAAUGUUACUUCUUGAAAUGUAUCUGUUUGAUUACAGUUUAGCUGUAAAACUGCUUCAAUAAAUGAAUAAAAAAUCUGUUAUUA